AUGAAGCAGAUCAUCAAGAGUAAAGCAGAUGAUGAAAAGAAAUUAAACCAUCCUAAUCGUAUUAUGAAUGAAAUUAAUAUUAUGAAAAAAUUAGAUCAUCCAUUCAUAGUUAGUGUCUACAACAUUGUUGAAACUCCUGAAGCAGUAUUUUUGGUAUUGGAACUUAUGAAUGGAGGUAACACAGUGUUAAAAACUGAAUGUGGUACUGCAUGGUAUGUUGCUCCCGAAGUGAUAUUGAAGAAUUAUAAAACUUAUACUGAAAAAGUUGAUGUUUGGAGUCUAGGUGUAAUAUUAUUUGUUUGUCUUUGUGGAUGCUUACCCUUCUCAGCAGCUGAUCAAAUUUGCAAAGGAAAAUACUCUUUCAAACAAUGUAUUUGGUCUUCGGUUAGUGCUGAAUGCAAAGAUUUAAUUUCUAAAAUGUUAAAAGUAGAUCCAAAAACUAGAUAUAGCAGUUCCGAAGUUCUUAAUCAUAAAUGGUUACAGGAUCCCGAUGUUAUUAAGCGUUACAAUGAUUUAUUAAAUCAGGAAAAUGAAAAACAGGAAAUUACUGUUUCUGAUUUGGAAGAUUCAAUAAAUGAACAUUGUAAUAAUUCUUGUCCUGAAAAUUGUCUAGAUAUAAUAGAACCACCUGCCAAACGUCAUCGAAGUCUACUUAUUUUUUAG